GUACCUUAUCCUUCAUCCAAUGAGCGACAGGGCGUGUUUGGAACAUUCGAUCAUCAUUGGUUGACUUCUGGCUCUGUUCCAAGCUCUCUUGACUUUCCUCGCUUUUAUCCUCGUCCACCUCCGCCGCCUUUCCCAAUUAUUCUUUCUUCCUCAGCCUUCACCCACAAUUAUCUAGUUUGACCAACAUUUACUUCAAUUACACAAACCCAUCAUCGAUUCUUUUUACGGAACUUAGGGUACUCGUUACUGGCUACGAUCACAAGUUUAUCCAAUAUGUCGAAUUCCUUCGCGCCUUUGGAUCCGGUGUCGAAUGGGCCAAGCACCAAAAAGAGGGUGGCAUACUUCUACGACUCAGAUGUCGGAAACUAUGCCUACGUUGCAGGUCAUCCUAUGAAGCCUCAUAGAAUACGAUUGGCACAUAGUUUGAUCAUGAACUAUGGAGUUUACCAGAAAAUGGAGAUAUACGUGAGUUGCGAUUGAGCAAGCCCCUCUUUUGAGAUUGUUAUCUUGUCUCUUGCCUACUCUGCAAGUGCAAGUAGAAGAACAAGUAUCAAAGCAUUCCAAGGGACUAGUUCCUGAUUAUAUAUUGACUGUACUGGCAGCGAGCUAAACCAGCAACCCGGCACGAAAUGACACAAUUCCAUACCGACGAAUACAUCGACUUUCUUCAGAGAGUUACUCCCGACAACAUGGAUUCUUUUGCAAAGGAACAGGGAAAAUACAACGUUGGAGAUGAUUGCCCGGUCUUUGACGGAUUGUUCGAAUUCUGCGGAAUUAGCGCUGGCGGUAGUAUGGAGGGUGCAGCCCGGCUGAAUCGUUCAAAAUGCGACAUCGCAAUCAAUUGGGCUGGAGGAUUACAUCAUGCAAAGAAAAGUGAAGCAAGUGGCUUUUGUUAUGUCAAUGGUAAGGAAAUAUCUCCUUCGUAAUUACAUACUUGUACUGAUUUGGUUUCAGAUAUUGUUCUCGGAAUAAUCGAGUUGUUGCGCUUCAAGAAGCGAGUUCUCUACAUUGAUAUUGAUGUUCAUCACGGUGAUGGUGUCGAGGAAGCCUUUUAUACCACGGAUAGAGUGAUGACAGUUUCAUUUCACAAAUAUGGCGAAUACUUCCCAGGAACUGGUGAACUACGAGAUAUUGGUGUUGGACAAGGCAAAAAUUACGCAGUUAAUUUUCCACUUCGCGACGGUAUCGAUGAUGUUACUUAUAAAUCCAUCUUUGAGCCUGUCAUUCAAAGUGUAAUGGAUUACUAUCAGCCAGAAGCUAUAGUUCUUCAAUGUGGUGGAGACAGUCUUUCCGGUGAUCGCUUGGGAUGUUUCAAUUUGAGCAUGAGGGGUCAUGCAAAUUGUGUUCAAUUUGUCAAAAGCUUCAACAAGCCCACUUUAGUGCUUGGAGGAGGAGGUUAUACUAUGCGUAAUGUUGCGCGAACUUGGGCAUUUGAGACUGGUGUUCUAGUUGGCAAGGAGAUGGAUCCUGUACUUCCUUACAACGAGUAUUAUGAGGUAUGUUUCCUGCCACAGCAUAGUGAAGUUAUCUAACAUUGACAUGUAGUAUUACGGCCCCGAUUAUGAGCUUGAUGUUCGAGCCUCUAAUAUGGAGAAUGCUAAUUCGAAAGAUUACCUCGAGAAGAUAAAAAUUCAAGUCAUCGAGAAUCUCAAGAGAACUGCUCACGCCCCAUCUGUGCAAAUGCAAGAUGUACCCCGCACUACUUUAGCCGGAACGACCGACGAAGAUGAUGAUAUUUUAGCUGAUGCUGAUGAAGACGAAAACAUGGAUGUUCGUCAUACUCAGCAUCGCAACGAUAAACAUAUAGCCCGGGACGAUGAGUUCGAUGAAGCUGAUGAAGAGGAAGCGAACCUUGCAAACGGAGCAUUUGUUCAAAAUGGCCAAGCAAAACAACGCAAUCACACUUACUCGGAUGUUGAUAUGGAUAGUGGUGUUCCUACUCCAGAGAUCGAAAUCCAUGACGAGAUUGAAGAUGCUCCAAUAGCUGUCACCGAAGCCAAUGCACAAGUAAAUGCAGAGCUCAUGGAGAAAAAGACUCAAGACGCAACUCCUACCGAUACUCUUGAAGUGGGCCCAUCCAAUGCCCCAUCUCGCUCAAACUCGCCUAAUGCGGUUGUUGACAAUGAAGGCGAUAUUGAUAUGACGGAGCCUCUCGAUGUCCGGGCAGUCCCAGAGAAAUCCGAAAAAUCACCUGUAUCUCCAGCAGCCUCGGUCAAAGCCAAUAUUGCUACGAACAUUGAGGCAGUCGCUAGUAAUGCUGAAAUUGUGCCUGAGGCAGUCGCCCUAAAAACAGAGCCUGUAAUAUUGAAGCAAGAAAGCGACACUGAAAGACAAGACACCGAUAUGACGGCAGAAGCAAGUGAGAAGGUUAUCGAGGAACCUCGUUCAUGAAUAAUUCAAGGGCAUCGACGUCGUCCCAAGCACGGUUUUCUUUAGUCGAUCAUGGAGUUUUAUUGGAUUUGAAGGGGGUUUCAAAAUGACAUAUUUGCUUCUAAGCCUUUGUUUGGCUGUAUGCUCUUUCGCUAGAGGGAUUCUAUAUGGAAACAUACACAUGCCCAAAGACGAUCGCCGGUCCAUUCAUUUAUCGUAUGAAAACGGAGCUGUCGGGCAAUUCAUCUUAUAAGAACUUGUUCUAUUCGAUGUCCUUGAUGAUUGUCCUAAUCUCGGUGCGUUUUGAUCUUGGACGAUGAUCCUGAAUCUACGGAAUAAUUUACUUUUCUAAUUCUUUACUCGUUUCUCGAGGGAUGGCAAAUUGAGCAUGGCGUACAUGGCGUACAUGGCGAAUGAGAAUAAGGGAGUCGUGGAACCUCAAAUGUUUUAUGCAGAUGGGAUAUUUCAGCUCAAGGCUGGUAGGUUUUCUGGAUUCCGUUGCCUCUACUCCGGGGAUAUACCAAUACUCUUGUGUAAAUAGGAUUAAAAUGAUUUCAAAAUAUUUGAUUGUAAUCCCAGAGCUGUGCAUAUACGUCAAGUGGCAAAGAAAUCAUAAAAUUGUGAA